AUGACACCGGCCCAUUAUAUCACCAACACCCCCACCCUCCAUCCACUUGUUUACUACGACCAGGCGGAGCUGGAGGAUGAUCUCUAUCAAGAGGAUGAAGGGGAUUGUGAGGGGUCAGAGGUCGACAGUGAGCUGGAGUUCCACCUCUACAGCCAGCUCCACUACUCCUCUAAUCCUGGGGAGAUGGAGGCGCUGGAGGACGGAGAGGAGCCGGACGAAAGACGGAACCAGGACAGCCUGCAACAGGAGGACAAGACCACAGACGGGGACAGCGCACCUGAAGAUACGAGCACGCCGCCAUCACCUAUAACUGGAAGUCUUAAGCGAGGCCCAAAAGAGGAGAAGAAGAAGCAAGUAGAAAAACGGAAGACGAGAAAAAGCGACCGUAGAAGUCAGACCUUGUCAUCGUCACGUUUCGAGGAAGUCAUCGUAAUUGACUCCAGCCCAGAGGUCAUCUCUAUCUCUGAGGAUGACACCACUGAUGAUGAGAACGGGGUGUGCGCCUCAAAGGGUCAAAGGCUGGGCCUGCUGCAGACUUCAACCCCAGCACAACAGGAAACCAAAAGAAGAAAAAGUAGUCCAGAUGUACCCUUCACUUUGGUCUCCAGCAGUUCAGAGUCUGACUCCGAAGAGUCUGACUCCAGCUUCCAGUCGGAGUCGUCCGAUUCGGAUGACCUGGAGAGCUGGAUGAUCCUGGGCGGCGGGAGGCAGGAUGGGGACCAGUCCAUCUCGCUCAACGUGGAAGGGGACUCCGUCAGCCACGCAGCAUGCUGGUGUACAUACACGUGGAUUGCAGCAGUCAUAACACUAAUGCCAAAAACAAACAAACGCAGGAACAACGCAGGAGGAGAGGAAGGGGAGUGCCGGGAGAGCUGGGAGUAA